CAAAAAUGGAGGAGCCAGACCUACUCGAACUUGGAGCACCACCAGAAGAGGAAGAUGAGGAAAAGAAACCGAAUGAUAUUGAAGCUAUAGAUAUUGAACGGGAUAAUCUUCCUACUGGGCUUGAUGAACCUCCUUCUGUACUUGAAGGAGCUCAUGUUAACAGAGACCUUAUCAAAGUUGAACUUGAUAUCAAAUCUGCAGAGAAGAAUACACUUAUGACUGGAGAAGCCAAAAGAUUUGCAUAUCAAAAAGCAGAAGAUUUCCUAACAAGUUGUGACUCUAGUGAAACUUAUUCAGUUGAUUUCAGACAUUUCCCUAUAUAUUUUCAAACUGAUGAGGAAGCCCUUCAAACCUAUAACUCUUUAGGCUUAAUAAAGAAGCUUCAGUUCAAAAAGUGUGGGGCGAGAAGAGAUGAGAAUGGCUUUAUUAAUCAAUUCACGAUUGCAUGACACAUGAGAAAUACGAAAAAGUACAGAUAUGAUACUAAACUAGUUCUUAGAGACGGAAUUUCAGCUAUGCUUUGCCCUGUAAUCGCCAGGUUUAAGUGGGUAGAAUCUAAACAAUGCUACAUGAGAGAUGGUAAAUGCUGUAUAAAGCACUCUCAUCCUCCAGAAAUUAGGGACAGAUACCUUCUCCAGAAUCCUGAGGUUAAGUCUGAGAUUGCAAUGUAUGUUGAAUGAAAAAUUACAGCUGCUGAUGUUCAAAAAAUCAUCAACGAGAAGUACAAUUGAAAUGUAAAAUAUGGUGAAGUCUACAACCUAAUGAAGAAUAUCAAAUACGGCAAUUACAAGUUCAUGGCCAGUGCUAGCGAUGUAGAAAAAUUCGUAAACAUGAUUAAGGAAUAUAAAGUUGGCGAUCCUGAAAUGUCCUAUGAAAUUGAAUACGAUGAAGAAGACAAAACUCGACUGAACAAAGCCAUCUUUAUUACUGGAAAAAUGAAGAAAGUCUACCAAAAAUUUAGAGAUGUUGUGAUUGUUGAUGCAAUCUAUAAGACAAAUAAGCAUGAUAUGCCUCUCGUUGUAUUCUCUGGUGUUACAUGCGAAGGAAAUAAUAUCAUCUUCGCCUAUGCAUUUAUCAAGAAAGAAGAUAUUGAAAGCUAUCAAUGGGUCAUGAAGAAAUUUGUUUUCUAUAAUGACAGCUUGGAACCAGGAGUUGUCCUCACAGACUUUGAUUCAGCAUUAUGCCACGGGAUAGAAAGAUCAAUGAAUAAAUCAGUCCAUUUAUUAUGACAGUUCAGUAUUCAGCAACUUUUUAGGAGACAAUUUAUCCACCUGAGUAAAAGGAAGAGUGCAAGUGCAAAUAUGCUUUAUCGGCAUAUUAUCGAGACUAUAUCAACAAAUUCAUCUCAAAGAUUUCUUGAAUUACAGGAUAUCAUAUUCUCAUCUGAUGACCAUCUUAGUGAGGAAAAACUAGAGUAUCUUAGAUCAAUGUUUGCAAUAAAAGAAAAGUGGUCCAAUGCCUACAUCCCAAAUGUGUUUACAGCAAACACAAGAUGUAUUACCAGAGCACUGAGUAUCAAUGCCCAAUUGAAGCAAAGAAUUUUCGCCCGAUCAACGCUUUGUGAUGUAUUCACUCUUGGACUUGAUCUUUUCGAUAAAAUUCUGAGAAAAAUUAUCAGAGAAAUGUAUGUAGCUAGGAGAGAUGUGAGGCAUUCCCAUCCUAUAUUAACAUAUCUUGGGAACAUCUACUCAAAUCAUUCCUUCAAUCUCAUGCUGAUAGAAUAUGCUUUAAGCUUCUAUCACACAGUAUCUCGCCCUGAAAGCCAAGCAAAAACCUUCUGUGGCAGCUACAUAGUAAAAGAUAAUGCCAGUGAAGAAAAGGAUCAGUACAUGGUUCAAAUCAGGGAAUUCCAGACAAACGAGAGGGAUGGGUUCACCUCCCUCUUUGACAUCACUUGAAGAUGCAAAGAUUUCAAUCAUAAUCUCAUCUACUGUGAUCACAUAUUUGCUGUAAUUAACUGUCUUCAAAUAAAGAAUUUCUCCCAAUUCAAACAUAUUGAAAGAUGGGUUAAAUCAGAAGUGAUCUUAAAAGACAUCCUAACUGUGAAUCAGAGACAUCUCCAGGAUAUUACGAACAAUAGAAAGGCAAAAAUUGAUCCUGAAGUUCAGUCCCUUAUGAAAGUCCCAGUGCCUGUUAAGCAAGAGCAUUAUUAUAAUUUUCAAUAA